GCGGGCGGUCACGUGGCCGGUCCGGCGCCGUGACCUCUGACCCUGCCGGGUGGUUUGGAAGGGGGUGAGAGGGCAGGCCGCCAUUUUGCCGAGCGAGCUCCUGAGGGAUCGAUCGUGGCGGGCGGCAGGCACCGCUGGAUUGACCGAUACAUACCCACACACUGAGCCAGAAAUGUCCUCCUUCUCUGAGUCCGCCCUCGAGAAGAAGCUCGCCGAGCUGAGCAAUUCGCAGCAGAGCGUGCAGACCCUCUCCCUGUGGCUCAUUCAUCAUCGGAAACACGCAGGGAUAAUCGUACACGUCUGGCACCGGGAGCUGAAGCGAGCUAAACCAAGCAGGAAAUUGACAUUCAUCUACCUGGCUAAUGAUGUCAUUCAGAAUAGUAAGAGGAAAGGUCCUGAAUUCACCAAGGCUUUUGAGGGAGUUCUUGUGGAUGCUUUUUCACAUGUUGCCAGAGAAUCUGAGCAGAGUUGUAAGAAACAAAUGGAACGAGUCCUGAAUAUCUGGCAGGAAAGAAUUGUCUAUGAUAUUGAUUUUAUUCAACAACUUAAGUUAACUGUGGAUGAAUCUAACAGUCCACUUCCAGUAGAGAAUGCUGGUUCUAAAGUCGUAUAUGAUCAACCACCAUCUUGCCCAUCAUCCAGUGAAAGGCAAUUUCGAUCUAACAGAGUUCGUAAUGCCGAGGUUGUAAAAGGUCAUGAAUCAGCAACAUCUGACUCUUCAUGCAGCAUCUCAUCUGAUACCAGAUAUCUAGGUGAAGAGAAACGAGCACCAAAACGUAGCUAUCCUGUUGCUGAAGAUGAAGAAGAUGAUGAUUACAGAGUCAACUACUCCCCUAUAGACACUGGCACAGGUCCAAUGUUGACUGAAAAUUUGAUUAAAGCUUUGCAAGACUUGGAAAAUGCAGCAUCAGGAGAUGCAACAGUUCGGCAGAAGAUUGCAUCAUUGCCUCAAGAAGUGCAAGAUGUUUCACUCUUGGAAAAUAUAGCGGAUAAAGCAGCAGCUGAAAGACUUUCAAAAAUUGUUGAUGAGGCAUGUUUGCUGCUCGCGGAGUAUAAUGGGCGGUUGGCAGCAGAGCUGGAUGACCGGAGACAGCUGGCACGAAUGCUGACUGAAUACAUCAACAGUCAGAAGGAGAUUCUGGGGGAGAAAGAGAAAAAACUAGCAGAAUACAAACAGAAACUGGCUCAAGUAACACAAGUUCGGAAAGAACUGAAAUCUCACAUUCAGAAUUUGCCAGACCUUUCAUUGCUUCCAAAUGUUACAGGAGGUUUAGCACCAUUGCCCUCUGCUGGUGACCUUUUCUCUAGUGACUGAACUUGCUACCCUUUUCUCAGGAGUCAACCGCAAUACCUCCGCUGUGUGUGACAACUUCUUGAAGGCAUGGAUCUGUGAUAUGAUGGGGCCUAAAUCAGCAGGGCCCAACCUUUAAGACAUCUGUGUACAAAUUGCAUUAGAGCUGUAGUAACCCUAACAUGGUGGUUUACAGCAGUUUGAAACAUGGAGGAAAAUAAACACUAUUCAAAGCCACUGCUGUUAACCUGUAAGUUCCAAUAUACAUCAAUCCUGCGCCAGGAGCAAUGGAAACUUUCUUCUCCAAUCAGGAUGUUGUGACGUCCAUGUGACAAUGUGAACCAGAUGAGCAAUAUAAAGUAUGCACGAGUCCACAGAACUGAAUAUUUUGAACUGAAUGUAGUUGUGUAUUGAAGUAUAGCGCUGAUAAUCUAAAAUGAGAAUUGGGCAAAUUGUUGGCACUGUUACAAGAGCCUUUAUAUUGUUCUAGAUUACAAGUUCUUACUGUACCUGAAUAUGAAAAGUUAGAUAUCCAGUUUCUCCAAAUCUACAAUUAAUUUUGCUCUUUUAAGCACAACAAUUUUAACUUUUAUUUUUAAAUGUUCUUCCAAAGGUAAGGGAAAUCCAAAUUUAAAAUGCAUGCCAGCUAUAUAACUUGGAGUAAAAAUUCAUUAAUGGUGCCCAUUGGGCCAGCAAUAAGAGGUUUCCCAACUGUAGUAUAGUUAGCUGCAGCUUAUUCUUGUAUGCUGGUCCUGCAAGUUUGCAUUGGAAGUGCAGAGCCUAUUUAUACUUGGUUUAAAAAUGGGCAUAUCCAAAUAUUUAAGCACAUUCAUAUUGAGGGCAGACUUACCGCCUUCAUAUACCAUUGUUUUGCAGUUGGUGCUUGGUAUAUGUCCAACACUUCUGCUUUGCUACCAGUAGAAGAAUGUGGUGCACUUCUGUUAACAUUUUGAGUUUCAAGUAUCGUGUUUAGGUCCAUGACAAUUGAAUUUGGUUUUGUACUGGGGUCUCAUAAUUCCAACACUCCUUCCUCUCAUUGAGGACUAAUUAAACAUUUAGGUAGACUCGUUUUGCAUCACUUGUGUUAAGUUGGGGGUUUCAGUUGUUUAAUAACAGAGCAAAAUCAGUAAUUCGGUUGCUUUGUUUAGAAAAAUUCUUCUAAGUGGAUUCAGUUUUUUUCAGAAGUGACAAACCAAAACAUGAUUUUUAUCUCGUGCAGAGGAUACUUUACUUUUCUUCCAAAAAAUGUUUCUCAGUUCAAGCUUUGAGCAUCUUUGUUUAAAGAUUUACAUUUAUUAUUUGACAGCUGUGGGUGUACUUCUAAAUUCUUAAGUCCUUAAUAUGGAAAAGUCUUGACAGUUUGUUCAUAAAAAGAAGUUAGAAGAAACCAGUUUGGUGAGAGGCAUAUGACAAGCAUGGAGAGAAAUUUUCAUGUUUUUCAAAAAACACUGGAGUGGGAAAGCCCUUUUGGAUCCUUGCAAAUAUGUAAACUAUUAUGUGAAUUGAACUGGUUAACAAUUUUCAUUUUUAGUGUUUUUAUUUACUUACAAUGGAUUUGGUUCCAAUAAGUAGCCAGCUAAGGAUUUUUUUUAAUUAAAAAGUAAUUCAGUCAGCCUGACCAAACACUAUUAAACUCUCUUGGUCUCAUUAACAUACAUUUCUCUUCCCUUUUUUUGUUUGACUUUUUUGUUUAAUUGUAUGAACAAAUGACGAUUUUAAAAAAGGUUCAAUUACAAAGAAAGGGUUAUAUGUUGAUAGAAAUUUCACCAAGUUGUUGUAUCUUGGUAGUUGCCACACAAGACAGUCGAUCUCUUGACUUGCUACAGCUCAGGCCCAAAAUUGCUCCUCCCAGAAUGGUGAGAUUCUUUUCUUUUGUUACCUUUUAUAUGGAUUGGGAAGAGAAAUUGUCUAAAAGGCACUUCCUUCUGUACUACUUGAACAUCAUUAACUGUAGAUCAAAUAAAUUACUUGGAAAUGUAAGAAUUAUUUCCAUGUGUGAAUCUCAUACAUGGGAUUUCUAGUUACAUGCAAUGAUGAGAAAUGUAAACCUUUAGGUUCAUCUGCAGUGAUUCAGGGAUGACGAAGCACGCUUUCUAAAAUUCUAAAUCAGGCUUUGCUUUGUUUGCAUCUGCCUGUGGUGUGCAAUUGGGAAAUGCAGUUUAUGUUAAUGUGGUACUUACAUUGGGCCUCAGGCUUUUUAAAAUUAAACAUAAUUUUGGAAUUGGUCACAAGUUUGAGGUUCUUUAAGUUUAUAGGAUUUAUCCUCUUGACUGAAAAUUAAAAACCUUUCUGGGAUAAAAUACCCACCAUUGUAGUCUGUGUAAGUUUAUAAAUAGCCUAUGUUUCAGAAGAUCAUUAUUUUCUAUACACAAUCAAAUUAUUACUAAUUGUGCUGUGUUGUAGAAGCUAAUGUUUCUUAUAAAGUCAGCAUUGCAACAAACUACCCUAAUUUGGCAGCCAUUCUAUCCAAAUAAUUGCUUGGUAGUGUUGAGGGGAAAACCAAUGUUAUUAUAAGUGGGAAAAUUGACAGUGGUGAUAUUUGUGUAAUGUGUUCUAGCCAAAACACUCACUACCAUAUUUUCAAUAUUGACUAAAUAUAGCAAUUUUGCAAGGGGCCAGGUAUCUAUUGUUAAUAAGUCAACAGAAAUUUGUUUGAUUUCCCAUUAGCUGCACAGUAUUUUCGGAAUUGAAAAGCAAGGCAUUUCUUUGUCUCUCAAAGCAAGUGCAUUUUGCUGACAUCUGCAGCUUUCAUGAUCACCCAGAAACGGUCACUGAUACAGAUCAUUCUCGGUCAUGGUACUUAAUGUGGAUUUCCCUUUUAGGAUUGGCAUAUGAGAGUACUUGGACCACUUAAGUGCAAUUUAGUUUUGGCUUGUAAUGUAGCACCCUUCAGAAUAUGCCUUAAAUUAAUUCCAUGCAUAGUUUCAAUUGUCUCCCAAACAUGAGUAUUUUAGAAAACAUAACUUCUAUUUUUUUUGUGAAAUUUGUCUGCCUGCAAAUAUGUAGAAACCUUUGAAUGUAUUUGUAAGAAGCUUAAUAAAAAAAAAAGUAAUAUUGAACAGAAAUCACAUUACUAGGUGAAUGUGUAAUAGGUUAGUGUUGGAAUACAAAAUAAAAAAAAGAAUUGGACGUAUCGAUCAUAUUCUGGCACACCGUUAUUUUAAUGUUUACUAAUUGUCAGUCAAUUGAGUUAUGCUAAUGUAUUUUUUUUAAAUCUGAAAUAUCCGAUUCAUGAAUGAUAGGAAAUGGAAUGAGAUGAAAGUAAUUCAAUUAUCAAAAGCAGAUAAAAACAUUCAACAGAUAACUGUAUGGUAAGUCUUAAGUGAACAGAUCUGAAGAUUCCAAAUGAAUUUAAUUAUUUUGAAGUAUAAUGGAAUAGAGACCUACUUUGAGUAAAGGCACAGAGCUUGAAAAGUUAUAACUUGAGUUGCAUCAAGAGACACUAGUACACUUCAGCCCUUAUUCUUGUUCAGGUUUUCUGCAACGGAUGAGUACAGUUCAGAAAUCCAGUUCUGCAGCUCCUAACUCAAAUACAGUCAUGAUAGAUCCUGGUUAGGACAUCAAUGGUUUGACAAACUUGACCUUUUGCUUAAAGCCAGGAUUUUAUUUUCAUAUUUGACUUAAGAUUUCUGUGAUAAUUUUUCUACUUGUAGAUAAAGUGCGCAUGUGAUCCAUUUGAAUUUCUAAAGUGGGCCAUGAAAACACAACCUCCCAUAGAUAUGUUUUAUAGAUAUAGCAUUCUAUCUUCUAACAUUUUGUCAGAAACAUUAAAAUUGGAUUAUUAUAAUUAAUUAUUAUACACCCUGCAACUGGGUCUGGAAGGUGUAACAGAUUUUAUGAUUAUGUACUAGUAUUUUAACACUGUGAAACAAAAAAGCCAUGUGCCAAUAGGAUUAUGUUUUCAACAUGAGCAAAAUAUUCCUAAUAUAAAUGUUAUGAGCAUCAAAUCCUGGCUACAAAUAUAUGGUUUUGAUAACCAUUGUAAGAAAUCAAAAUCACGCAAAAAGCUAUUAUUGUUGUUGAAAUGUAAAUAAAUAGACCUAUCAAAUCAGUGUUUUUAUAUUCACUUUUUUACAUGCAUGUUGCAUUUUUUUGAUUUAGUAUAAAUGGUUUAUAAGCAGUAGGUGAAUUCUGAACUAAGUGCAAUGUUUAGGGCAGCACAGUGGUUAGGACCACUGCUUCACAGUGCCUGGGACCCAAGUUCAAUUCCAGCCUUGGAUGACUGUGUCUUUGUGGAGUUUAUCCAUUCUCUCCAUGUCUGCGUGUUUCUCUGGGUGCUCUAGUUUCCUCCUCCACUCCAAAAAUAUGUGAUUUAUGUAGAUUGGCAAUGCUAAUUUGCACUGUAACGACCAGGCUGUGCAGGCUAGGUGGAUAAGCUAUAGUAACAGCAGGGUUACAAGGGUAGGGUGGAGAGGACAUGCUGUCAGAGGGUUAAUGCAGACUUAAUGAGCCAAAUGGCCUCUAUCUGCACUGCAGGAAUUUUAUGAUUCAAAUUGAUAUUUUUAAUCCUUUUUAAAUAACCUCAUUUUUGUGCUUACUCCUUUUUAAAAGCAAUUUGCUGAUUAUUGAGAACAUGACCAUAAUAUCUACCUAAUUUUGGAAAAUAUUGCAAUACCUGUGAUAAUCAAGUGUUUAAAAAACUGCAAGUAAUUCACAUUUGUCACCUGAGAACAGUAAAUAUGACCUUGUAAGUUUGUUAGGUUAUAACAACUAGCAAUAGUAACGUAACUUUCCGAUCAGCUGCAUUGUUUGUAAUUGUAAAAAUAAAGUAUUUUGUUAUGAUG